UUCGCAUUUGGCAAGAGUGUAAAAGGCGAAAAUCAAGCAUAUCGUAUUGAAAAAUGCUCCACACUUUCGGUUACCUAAGGCACCCCGCUGCGGUGUUGUUUUCUCUUAGCCUCGUUUGCGGGGCUAUAAUUUUCCCGAGGGUCCCGGAUGUCCUUAAUCCGCCCGUUCCGGAUAGUGUUGAUCUGGUAGAACAAUCCGCUGCUCUACAGGAAGGAAAUCAGGACCCGGAAGUGACACCUGGGUUGUUUCAGGGUGAUAUGGCCCUGGACAACCGCAUGUACAAAUACUGGAGAGUUGGUCUCAAGUGGGAUGUCUUCCCGGAGCGGAAAUGGCCCAAUGGGACCGUUCCCUACGCUAUUAGCCCGUUAUACGACGUCGAUGAUCAAGUCACGAUACUACAGGCAGUCAGAACGCUGAACUUCAUGACGUGUGUAAAGUUUGUACAGUGGAAUGGAAAGGAUAAGGACUUCCUGCUAAUUUGGCCGAUCAAGUACCCCAAAGGAUGCUGGAGCUAUGUAGGAAAGACAGGUGGAACCCAGAUUGUGUCGCUGCAACCGCCAGAUCAUCAAAGUGUGAAUUGCUUGGGGAAUGAAGGACGUGCGAUUCACGAGCUGAUGCACGCGAUUGGUCUAUUUCACGAGCAGUCUAGAGCCGACCGCGAUCGAUUUGUUAAAAUAAACUGGGACAAUAUCAUUCCAGCAUUCAAAUCCAACUUCGAGAAGCAAUCACUCAAGAACACCACCUAUAACUUCGAGUAUGACUAUAAUAGCAUCAUGCACUACGGGCGGAAUUAUUUCAGCGUCGGAAAGGGUAAAUCAACCAUCGAUCCCAAAAUGCCAGGCGUCAAGAUUGGACAGCGACAAGCCCUUAGCAAAACGGAUUGCUUGAAGAUUAACGAUUUAUACGGAUGUUUGGAUAAUCCUAAAUUAAGUAAGAAGUACUACAACAUCUGUAAAACGCUCGGUAUUUGAAAAGUGCGCAGAGUUGGAUCCAAGUGCCAUUUGAUGAAUGUGUAUUUAUGUGAAAUAAAAGGUAAUUUAUUGUUAUGUGAACUGAUUUUUAUUAGCUUCUUUUGUUUUUUCUUUUUUCAUUGAGGAACCACGCGGUUUACUACAAAUACAUGGAAUGUCACCGCUCUUGUGUUGAACGGGUCAAUCCAAACAAAAGCCUUCAAUUUAAGAUUCCUGUUUUUAUUUGUUAUUUCCAAUUUUUGGUAAAUGAUUGCCAUUUCAAACUAAAACUUCGAACUAAUCAUUAACUGAUUCGAUUCAAACGUGAUACUCGACUGAUGCUAUAUCACAGCAAUUAGGAUUUGUGUAAGUAUUUCCAUCUACUUCCCGAGCUUUCGGUGCGCGA